GGGGCUGGGACGAGGCGGUGGCGGCGGACCGAGCCGCAGACGGCCGUCCCCUCGCAGUGCGACCGCGGCGGCACCGUCAGGGUCCCCAGGAGGCGGCCCAGGGCGCGAGUACUCUGGGGGCGCAACCCAGGCCUGCGUGGGCCCGAGGAACCGGGGCCCCGGCAUCGCGGUAUUGAAACAAAGGCACAUAUCUUGAAGGCGCUAGCACCUCCUACCAUUGUCAACUGAUUCUUACAGAAAGCUGUUAAUUCUCCUUUUUGAACACUAUGAAUAACCACGGGUCUUCAAAACCGUCUUCCAUGAAGCUGAAACACACCAUCAACCCCAUUCUUUUAUAUUUCAUACAGUUCAUAAUAUCACUUUAUACUGUUUUAACAUACAUUCCAUAUUAUUUUUUGUCUGAGUCAAGACAAGAAAAAUCAAACCGAACUAAAGCAAAGCCUGUAAAUUCAACACCCGACUCUGCGUACAGAUCUGUUAACAGCUUGGAUGGUUUGGCCUCCGUAUUAUACCCUGGAUGUGAUACACUCGAUAAAGUUUUUAUGCAUGCAAAAAACAAAUUCAAGGACAAAAGACUCUUGGGGACACGUGAAAUCUUAAAUGAGGAAGAUGAAGUGCAACCGAAUGGAAAAGUUUUUAAAAAGGUUAUUCUUGGAAGCUAUAAUUGGCUUUCCUACGAAGAUGUCUUUGUGAGAGCCUUUAAUUUUGGAAACGGCUUACAGAUGCUGGGUCAGAAGCCCAAGACCAACAUCGCCAUCUUCUGUGAAACCAGAGCUGAGUGGAUGGUCGCUGCACAGGCCUGCUUCAUGUAUAAUUUUCAGCUUGUUACGCUGUAUGCUACUCUAGGGGGUCCAGCAAUUGUUCAUGGAUUAAAUGAAACAGAGGUGACCAACAUCAUUACUAGUAAAGAACUCUUGCAGACAAAGUUGAAGGACAUCGUUUCUCUGGUCCCUCGCCUGCGGCACAUCAUCACUGUGGAUGGAAGGCCACCGACCUGGUCUGAGUUCCCCAAGGGCGUCAUCGUGCAUACCAUGGCGGCUGUGCAGGCUCUGGGAGCCAAGGCCAGCAUGGAAAACAAACCCCUUAGCAAACCAGCGCCCUCAGAUAUCGCAGUAAUCAUGUACACAAGUGGAUCCACAGGAAUUCCAAAGGGGGUCAUGAUCUCUCAUAGUAACAUUAUUGCUGGUAUAACUGGGAUGGCGGAAAGGAUUCCAGAACUCGGGGAGAAAGAUGUUUAUAUUGGAUAUUUGCCCCUGGCCCACGUCUUAGAAUUAAGUGCUGAGCUUGUCUGUCUCUCCCAUGGAUGCCGCAUCGGCUACUCUUCACCACAGACUUUAGCAGAUCAGUCUUCAAAAAUAAAAAAAGGAAGCAAAGGAGAUACAUCCAUGUUGAAACCAACACUGAUGGCAGCUGUCCCGGAAAUCAUGGAUCGAAUCUACAAAAAUGUUAUGAAUAAAGUGAAUGAAAUGAGCAGUUUUCAACGCAAUCUGUUUAUUCUGGCCUAUAAUUACAAAAUGGAACAGAUUUCAAAAGGGCACAGCACUCCGCUGUGUGAUAGCUUUAUUUUCCGGAAAGUUCGAGGCUUGCUAGGUGGAAAUAUUCGACUUCUGUUGUGUGGAGGUGCUCCACUUUCUGCAACCACACAGCGAUUCAUGAACAUCUGUUUUUGCUGUCCUGUUGGUCAGGGGUAUGGACUCACUGAAUCUUGUGGGGCUGGAACAAUUACAGAAGUGUGGGACUACAAUACUGGCAGAGUGGGAGCACCAUUAGUUUGCUGUGAAAUCAAAUUAAAGAACUGGGAGGAAGGUGGAUACUUUAAUACCGAUAAACCACAUCCCAGGGGUGAGAUUCUUAUUGGUGGCCAAAAUGUGACAAUGGGGUACUACAAAAAUGAAGCGAAAACAAAAGCUGAUUUCUUUGAAGAUGAAAACGGACAGAGGUGGCUCUGUACUGGAGACAUUGGGGAGUUUGACCCUGACGGUUGUUUGAAGAUCAUUGAUCGUAAGAAGGACCUUGUAAAACUACAGGCAGGAGAAUAUGUUUCUCUUGGGAAGGUGGAGGCUGCUUUGAAGAAUCUCCCACUAAUAGACAACAUUUGUGCGUAUGCAAACAGUUAUCAUUCUUAUGUCAUUGGAUUUGUUGUGCCAAAUCAGAAGGAACUGACUGAACUAGCACGAAAGAAAGGACUCACUGGGACUUGGGAGGAGUUGUGUAACAGUAGUGAAAUGGAAAACGAGGUACUUAAAGUGCUUUCUGAAGCUGCUAUUUCAGCAAGUCUGGAAAAAUUUGAAAUUCCAGUAAAAAUUCGUUUGAGCCCUGAACCGUGGACCCCUGAAACUGGUCUGGUGACAGAUGCCUUCAAGCUGAAACGCAAAGAGCUUAAAACACAUUACCAGGCAGACAUUGAGCGAAUGUAUGGAAGAAAAUAGUUAUUCUCUUUCAGCAUCAGUUUGCUGCAGGGAGCUGAGAUCAAAUAGGAAAAUACUUGAAAUGCAUGUCUCAAACUGUGAGGCAGAGUCCGUUCCUCAUAUUAAACCUAAACUGUUAUUUCUCAUGACAUGACCAUUUUUAACUGACAGGAUUAGUAAAAUAUUAAGACAGCAAACUUGUGUCUGUCUCUUAUUUCUUCCCCUCCUCCAGUUUACUUUACCACCUAGGACUGCACUUGUCAGCAUGAGGACUUUUAUGAAUCAUAUUGGGGAACAGUGAUUUUAAAACCUCAAGUUUUUAAACAUGAUUUAUAUGUUCUGUAUAAUGUUCAGUUUGUAACUUUUUAAAGUUUGGAUGUAUAGAGGACUAAAUAGGAAAUAUAAGAAUUGGUUAUUUGGGGGGCUUUUUUACUUACAGUAUUUAAAAUGCAAGGGUAUGGAUGUGAAAUUAUGUAAAUUUCAUUCAAAUGCUUAUGAAUCAAAUCAUUGUUGAACUAAAGAUUUGUUGCUGUGUAAUUAUUGUCUUGAAUGCAUUUGAGAGAAAUAAAUAUACCCAUACUUCUGUUUUAAGAAAUUGA